CCCCCUGCGACCACCCUGCAGCCCGCUACGGAGGCCCCCGAAGUACAAACGUCUCCCAGGCCCCGUGCCCCACUCAGUAGCUGCGUCCGGUCCAACUCGCGGACCCUAAGGCCCUGCGCUCGCUUUUUCGUUUUUUCUAUUUUUAUUUUUAUUGUUUUGUCAGGAAUUCGCGCCGGUGAGUUCCCUAGGGCGGCAGAAACUUCACCCUCUUUACGGAAGUGAAAGUUGCCCCUUCCCCCCUCCGCCCCUCCCGCUGCCGCCCAGGCCUCCUGCAUUCCUUCCCUCCCGCCUAGCCGGAGAGCGGCUGGGCGGGGGAGGAGGAAGCCAGGGCGCCUGCGCGCAGAGGCCGCUUUCCAUCCGGGUCCCUGCCCGUGCGGUGCAGCAGGUCGGUAGGCGGGAAAUGGCGACUGGCUGAAGGAGCUGGUUCUGUUGCUGUUGAGGGAUAAGCGGGAAAGACACCACCUAUUGCGCAGUCGGGACCAUCGCCGGAGCCUGAAGACACUUUUCUGUCGUCACAGUGAAGGUUUACAUGUGGCACCCAUAAAAGAUGAAGCUGAGAACACGGAAGGCUUCUCAGCAAUCCAGUCCAAUCCAAACACAGCGCACUGCCAGAGCAAAAAGGAAAUACUCAGAGGUUGAUGAUAGCUUACCUUCGGGAGGAGAAAAACCAUCAAAGAAUGAAACUGGCUUAUUGUCCUCAAUUAAAAAAUUCAUUAAAGGAAGCACGCCCAAGGAAGAGAGAGAAAAUCCUUCGAAACGGAGUAGAAUUGAACGUGAUAUAGAUAAUAAUUUGAUUUCAUCAACACCAAGAGCUGGAGAAAAGCCUAACAAGCAGUUGUCUCGAGUAAGACGGAAAAGUCCAGUCAAUGGAGAAGCUGGUAGUUAUGAAAUGACAAAUCAACAUAUAAAACAAAAUGGGAAAUUAGAAGAUAACCCUUCUGCAGGUAGCCCACCAAGGACUACAUUGCUGGGGACCAUAUUUUCUCCUGUCUUCAACUUUUUUUCACCAGCAAAUAAAAAUGGAACGUCAGGCUCGGAUUCCCCAGGACAGGCUGUGGAAGCUGAGGAGAUAGUAAAGCAACUUGAUAUGGAACAGGUGGAUGAAAUCACUACCAGCACAACGUCAGCUAAUGGAGCAGCUUACUCAAGUCAAGCAGUUCAAGUGAGGCCAUCGAUAAAUAAUGGUUUAGAAGAAGCAGAAGAAACAGUUACCCGUGAUAUCCCACCUCUUACUGCACCAGUAACUCCAGAGAGUGGUUACUCGUCAGCCCAUGCAGAGGCCACCUAUGAGGAAGACUGGGAAGUAUUUGACCCCUAUUAUUUCAUCAAACAUGUUCCGCCUCUGACAGAAGAACAACUAAAUAGGAAACCUGCUCUUCCUUUGAAAACGAGAAGCACACCAGAGUUCUCCCUGGUCUUAGAUUUGGAUGAAACACUAGUGCACUGUAGUCUGAAUGAGCUAGAAGAUGCAGCACUUACUUUUCCAGUCCUUUUCCAAGAUGUCAUUUAUCAGGUUUAUGUGAGAUUAAGACCAUUCUUCAGGGAAUUCCUUGAACGAAUGUCUCAGAUGUAUGAGAUCAUUCUUUUUACUGCUUCUAAGAAGGUGUAUGCAGACAAGUUACUGAACAUACUAGACCCUAAAAAGCAACUGGUCAGGCAUCGGCUUUUCCGAGAACAUUGUGUUUGUGUACAAGGAAACUAUAUAAAGGACUUAAAUAUCCUUGGAAGAGAUCUUUCCAAAACUAUAAUAAUUGACAACUCACCACAAGCCUUUGCCUAUCAGCUUUCUAAUGGAAUUCCUAUAGAAAGCUGGUUUAUGGAUAAAAAUGACAAUGAACUCCUAAAAUUGAUUCCAUUUCUGGAGAAGCUUGUAGAAAUGAAUGAAGAUGUCCGGCCUCACAUCAGAGACAGAUUUCGCUUGCAUGAUUUGCUGCCCCCAGAUUAAGUUCAGAGACUUGUCAGAUCACUGAGGGGGGAGAGAGAAUGCAGGACCCUUUGGACUAAGACAAAAACAUUGCCAUUACUGUUGAAAUUUUGCAUUUUUGUACCCCGUCUUGCUUUUCUUAUCUUUGGUGCCCAAUAAUAAUCAAGGGUUACAGAAAGAGACUAUCUCAGAUUGAACACACACAGUGGGUAGGCAAAACAGAAGCGUCUGUAGAGCUAGUACGACUCCAGUGAAACUUUCUAUGUACAGGACAUCUGCAGUUUAUAAAGAAUUCUGUUUUCUGCCACCAGCAGUCUGACCUGUAGUACACAGGAUUUUAUGAUAAUAACAGAGGUGAAAGUGGACUUUCAUUUUCCCUCUGUUUGGUGCUCUCAGUGGGUUUGUAGCCACUUUUCUGUUACUUUACUAUUCUCAUUUCAACAGGAAUGGCCAGUAAAAGUUGUUUUAUUUUUCCUGUUCAGGUUUAUAACCUUUUUACACUUCUGACCUGUAUUAGAUUAGACUCUCAUGAUGCAUUCCUUUUAGUUGAGGCGCUUCAGUUUUCUGGAAAUAGUCAAUUUUUAGUUUUUGGGUAUAUAUAUAUAUAUAUGUGUGUGUAUAUAUACAUAUAUAUACACAUAUGUAUAUACACACACACAUAUAUAUGCACACACAUUUGAAUGGCCGUUUUCCUGCUUUGUCUGCCUGCAUAUUGUAUAUUUGUUUAAAAUAUUCUCUUUUAGUCCAUGUAAGUUUCAUUUUUAAAAAACAUGCAUUUAUAUUUUGUUCUGUAAUAUUCUACUGUAGGUAAAAUCUUCAAAAAUCAAGAGACUGGGUAGGUAAGAAUAUAUGAAUGACUAAUAUUCAAGUGAUUUGAACCAUUGUGAUGACAUGUAUUCCAGAUGGUAAUAUCUUGUAAUGGCACACAUGGAAUGGAUAAAGGUAUACCUCAGACUUCACUGUGCAUACCAUUGAGGAGAAUGAGUUCAGUCUCCUGUCGGGCUUGAUUCAGUUACUGCUGCCUUUGGUUUUCUCCAGGAAUGAAGUAUUCAGCACAGUGACUCAGUAUUUGCUUUGCAUGGGCUGGUGGUCCCUCUGUUACACUCUCGGUUACAAUCAGUUUAAAACUCUGUGUAACAGGCUUGGCACCUAACAGUAGCUAUGCAUACCCGUGGCUCAGUACACUCCCAGCCACCCGUGCAGUUAGUCUGCUCACAGCGGUUUUCUGUGCUGUGUGGGAAUAGUCGUCACGCCUUGGUUCUCUAAUGCAGCUACCACAAGAGGUUGAUAUUUUUAUAGUGGCGUGUAAUCUCCUUUUCAGGGGCUUUUUAUGGAAGGUAGAAUUUGUAAGAGUUAGUAUGCUUUGCCUCUCAACUGCAUUGACAUGCCGCAGGCUCAGACUGUUUUUGUGUAAAGGAUGUCAAAGAACGGCACUUUUUCUAAAGAGAAGUUUGAUAUUUUGUAUGCUUGUUAAGAAAGUACAGUAUUGGAAAUUAAAGGUGGACAACUGAUAAUUGAGGAGUAUGUCAGUUAAUUUUUUAUGUAUAUUACCUGUUUACUUGUACAACUUCUUGUACAAAUUACAUGCAGCUUCAUUUUCAAAUGAAUCCUUAAAAUAAGGAAAUCUUUUUAGGAAAACAUUUAAUUUUUGUAUUUUUGAUUUUAAAGGCAUGAGUUGUCAGUUUUCAGUGUAUUAAUGAAGAUUUUAACUUUUCAUCAGGUUGAGUGUUUUCUUAUUAUCUGUUAUGUAUGUAGUUAGCAUAUUGUGUCACUGAACUGUUUAAAACUCUAGCAUGUAGAGCAAGCCUGUUUUGUGGAAAAUCCUUAUUCAUUAAAUAAUCAUGGCAGAUUUUCUGCAAAAAAAAAAGCAAAAGCAUUUGCAAUUCAGAAUACUGAUUUUUUUUUUAUUUUAAAAAAAGGUAUUUUGCUUGCAGGAACAAUACUACAGAUUCAUUUUAAUGAGAAUCUUUUACAUGUAUUUAUCUUUAGGGCACCUGGGCAUCUUUAUGCUGUUUGUCUUAUGUCUUUCUUGAAAUAAAAUGUACAUACGUUACCUU